AUGGACGCAUCCAAAACAGAUGCUGGUGUGCCGGCAGAUGCCCCGCAUGAACAGCUCAACACCGCUCCAAUCACCCAAGCUACAUCAACAUCACCUGCAGUGUCAGCACCCGUAGACGGUGUAAAUUCGACCGAGACAAAGGAACACGAACCUAAGACAACAGAGACACCGAGCAAUGGAACGACAAUCCCGUCCGUAGAGACUCCGGUCUCGGCUGACAAUGGUGCUACCGCAACAGUUACACAGCAGAAAGACCAUACCAUUGACAAGACAAAACCAGAAGACUUUGACGGCGAGGUCACCACCAACAACGAGCUGCCGUCAGACGAAACCAUCAAAAAGGUAGAGAACUACAUAGUUCUCGACCGAGACGGCAAAUCAAGAACAUUUAAGAGUCUAUACAGCGGGAACAAUGUAGCGAGACGAGUGUUGGUGGUAUUUAUCCGACACUUUUUCUGCGGCAACUGCCAGGAAUACCUGCGAACGCUCUCCGAAUCAAUCACCCCCGAUGCCCUCCUCCAACUCCCCGUCAGCACCUUCAUCGUCGUAGUGGGAUGCGGCGACCCAGCCCUCAUCAACAUGUACAUCGAGGCGACCAACUGUCCAUUCCCGCUAUACACGGACCCCACACGAGCACUCUUCGAUGAACUCGGCAUGACCAAGACGCUCGCACUAGGCGCCAAACCCGCAUACAUGAAGAAGAGCUUGUGGAGGAGCACUCUCGACAGUAUCGGACAGGGGUUAAAGGUUCUGCCCCAGGGAUUGUCUCUCAAGUCCGGGGACCAGCGUCAAGUAGGCGGCGAGUUUCUCUUUGAGCCGCUCGAUAUCGUCACGCCAAUUACGACACCUCAGGACGAGCAGCCCUCGACAGUGGGCUCGAUUGAGGAUCCUAGCAGCGGUGGUAGAGAUCGCGGGGAUGACGGCUCGGUGGAGGAGAAGCGAGUUACUUGGUGCCAUCGGAUGAAGACGACGCGUGAUCAUGCUGAGAUCCCGGAACUUAUGGAGAUCUUGGGGCUGGAUGGACAAGGUUUCCCCAUCAAGGACCAGGAGAGGUGGGCGAGGGCAGUGCAGGCGAGGAAGGGGACUGGAUUGACAAUGGCUAGUGAGAUGAGCAAGUUGGGCGAGUCGAGCAAGGGCAAGGAAGCCAAGGAAGCAUGA